AUGGUUAUGGGCAAGGGCGUAGAGGAGCAAAAAGCCGGCGUAGACUGGCUGCUGAAAAACUACGCCCACCUAGAGCAGCACCGGCUGACAGGUGACGAUGAUGUUAUAGUCGUCGAUUUACGGGUCGAUCGUGGCAAGGACGUGUGGUCGCUCGAUGCCGAGUUGGUCGCUGCCUCAGCGAAGAUGCUCUCGAGCAAGAAGCUGUCCGAUGCCGUGCGCUAUUUCGACGGUAUUGGCUACCCGCAGUCUUAUGGGAAACCGCUGCUGAAACAAUUAUUCAAGAAGGCGGCAAAUCAAAACUUGCUGCUAGCGGCAGUUGGUGACAGCAGGCGUGAAGUGGCCCGGGAAGACUUUAGUCACUGCGUCGCGUGUACCACCACGAAGGGCAUCUUGGACUUGCGGUCAAAACUCGUGUCAUCAAUGGCGGCGAAACGAGCCGGCGUUGAGCUAUCAGAUGCCAUUGGCUACAACGAUAUAGGGGCCGCUAAAAUGGACAACAGUGAGCGUAAGCGGUGUGGGAUGUGCGGGAAGGAAGGCCAAAACAUGCGUUGCUGCGCCGCGUGCGGGCAGGUGCGCUAUUGUGACCGCGACUGCCAAAAGCGACACUGGAAACAACACAAGACCGUGUGUCGAAGGCGGCAGGAAGCCACCGCCAUGACGAACCAAUUACACGACCAGCUUGGGAGUCUUGAAACGGGACAUAACACUGUCAAAUGGAUUAGCGAUGAAGGCCUCGGCAAAUUUCCAUCUAAAGAGCAACACUCAGAAUUUACAAAGGCAGUUGGUGCUUUCAGGACAAACUUCCUGGAGUCAGGAUUAGUCGCUAAAAUGGUGUGGGAUCAUGCAGGCGAUAAGAGCGUGCCGCUGCAUUGCAACAUUGACUACGGAGAUUAUGUCGACUUUAUGAGUCGAUGGUGUGACGGCCGGCCCGGCAGUCGAACAAAUAUCAACAUGCUUGUGUGUCUCAGUUCCGACCUUGAUAAAAUGCGAGCGACGGGGGCUAUCACCGAAGUGGGAGCGCGAAUGAUGCGUGACGUAUUUGCCAAAGUGGAUCCGAAGACGCAUUUUAGCUGCUGUUUCACGUACAAAGUACUCGGGCCGUUUGCAGAAGUGAUACUCUCAGUGCCGUGGUCAACCCACGACAACGCCCCUUGA